UUUAUCUUCUUCUUGGUCGUCAGCAGGUUAUUCGCCAUCGGAUUCGCCAGCAACGUCUUUAACAUUCUGGUCUUUGCAAAACUCGGAUUCCAAGAUACCGUUAAUAUCAGCAUCCUGGCCCUGACCGUAGCCGAUCUGGGAUCUUUGCUUACAUUGCAGUGGAGAAACAUCUGCUAUUUCCCGCAGUUUUUAGCAGCAGAUUUGCCUUUCAUUCCGAGCGAGGUUGAGAACGCGACGGCGGGCUGGCUACGGAUUUGUUUCGUGAGGAUGGCCGCCAUGAUCACUGCUUACGUCCCAUUAGAAAGGUGCCUCUGCAUUACGCUACAACUGAAGGUCAAGGUCGUUCUUACGCCAAAGCGGGUCGCCUGCAUUCUUCUCGGGAUCGUUCUCCUCAUGGUCAUCAGCGUCAUUCCAAUAUUUCUGGAUACUCAGUUUGUCUUUAAGUUCUAUCUAUUAUGGAACAGAACCGCUCUUGGUUCCGUUUACUCAGACGACAAGGGAAAGACCGAGUACACGAUGUUGGCAUUCAGCACGUUCUACAGUUUGUUGACAUUCAUCGCCAUCAUAAUUUUAACGGCGGUUCUCGUCCGUCAACUAAAGAUCAAUUCAAAAUGGCGUCUGACGUCCGCCACCUCCAGUAAGUCACCGGCUAUGUCCACGAGCUACCGGAAAGUCUCGAAGAUAAUGAUUUUCAUUUUGGUGACCUUCGUCGCCUGCUAUUUCCCGGGAACGGUCUCGUUCCUGUGUGCAUUGAUCAACCCUGACUUCCUCCCCAACGGCCCGUAUUAUGGAGUGCUGAAAAUCAUCGUGCUGGCCAGUACUGUGUUAGAAACCGACAGCGCUACUGCCAACAUCGCUAUUUACCUCAAAAUGAGCUCCAAGUUCAGGAAUCAGUUAUUUAGCUUGAUUUUUUGUGGGACCAGAUCCGAAAAUAAACAAGUCUCAGAAUGCUCAUCUUAA